UAAAAUCAUUAACCGUUUCACUCCAACAUGGCGGCCGCCCCCCGCCUCUUUCCCGCCGUCACGGUUGCGCUGUUGUUUUGUUUUCCCGCCGCGGUGCGCUCGCGCAGAGAUGCGCUCGAGCUCGGCGACGCGGACUUCGACUACCUGGCAACGGGGCACGAGACCAUGCUGGUGAAAUUCUACGCUCCAUGGUGUGGACACUGUAAGAAAUUGUCUCCAGAGUUUGAGAAAGCAGCGACAAGACUGAAGGGGACUGUCCAACUGGCCAAGGUGGACUGUACAGCUCACUCAGAGACGUGUGCACGUUUCGGGGUGUCGGGUUACCCCACGCUGAAGAUCUUCAGGAAUGGAAGAGACUCCGCCCCCUAUGAUGGACCUCGCACCGCAGAUGGAAUCUAUCAGUACAUGAAGAAGCAGACGGGUCCAGACUCCGCCCACCUGAAGACUGACGAACACCUCCAGACCUUCAUCAGCCACUAUGACGCCAGUAUCGUAGGUUUGUUCUCAGGUGAGGACAGCCCUCAUCUGGCUGAGUUCCUGCGAGCUGCUGGUCUGCUCAGAGAACAGUUCAGGUUCGCUCACACCGUCGACCUGAAGCUCGGAGAGAAGUACGGGGUUAGUUCCGAGAGCGUGUUGCUGUUCCGUCCUCCCAGACUGGAUAAUAAGUUUGAGGACAGUGUGGUCGUCUUCAGAGACUACCUGACCAUCGGAUCUCUGAGACGCUUCAUUAGAGACAACAUAUAUGGACUGUGUCCUCACAUGACUGCAGAGAACAGAGACCGUCUGAGAGUCCGAGAUCUGCUGACGGCGUACUAUGACCUGGACUACCACCACAACGUCCGUGGGUCCAACUACUGGAGGAACAGGGUGUUGAGAGUGGCGUCAAAAUAUUCUGGGAGGGGCCUGACAUUCUCAGUAGCCAAUAAGAAGGACUUCCUGUCUGAGCUGGAGGACGACUUCGGUCUGGGGACAUCGGACGGAGGAGAGCUGCCGUUUGUCACUAUCCGGACCAAACUGGGCCACAAGUACACCAUGAGGGAGGAGUUCACGAGGGAUGGGCGGUCCUUGGAGAGGUUCCUGGACGAGUUCUUCGCAGGUCGUCUGAAGCGUUUUGUGAAGUCUGAGCCCAUCCCUGAGAGGAACACUGCUGCUGUCAAGGUGGUCGUUGCCGAGUCUUUCGAUGAGGUUGUCAAUGAUCCAAAUAAGGACGUCCUGAUUCAGUUCUUCUCUCCGUUCUGUCCUCACUGUAAGAAACUGGAGCCGGUCUACAGAGACCUCGCUGACACACUGUCCUCUGAUCCGAACAUUGUCAUUGCCAAGAUGAACGCUGCAGAUAACGAUGUUCCACUGGGAUACGACGUCCAGGGGUAUCCCACCAUUUACUUUGCUCCCGUGGGCCGGAAGGACGAGCCGAUCAGAUACGAGGGGGGUCGAGAGCUCAAAGACUUCCUGAAGUUCCUGAAGAGCAAGGCGAGUCAUAGUCUGGUGUCCACUGGGUCCAGGGAUGAACUCUGACACGUCUAUCCACGCCGAUCAGGUCCAACGGAAGCAGCUGGUCUCCAUGACAACGGACAUUAAAUCUCAUCUCCAUUGCGACUCAGUCCAAGCCGACCGGACUCGACUCAAGUCACUCUGUUCUGGUGUUCCAUCAGCAUCAUCGUGGAUCGUACCUGGUACGUUCUGGUACCACCGGAAGGAGGCGGAGCUACAUCACUGCAGACCACUGAUUGGUUGGAGAGAGUUGUCACUUUGGUGACAUGAGACAUCCUGCACGAGCCCACCAUUUUGUUUUUGUUUAUUUAGUUUUUUAUUUAUUUUCAUCAUUUAACAAACAUUACGCCGCAAAUUUGGGAUUUCCCCAUAAUGUUGGAUUUUAAUGUUAGCCUUUAGUGCAUUAGCUAACAUUAGCUUCAAUGGCAAAACAUAAUGGAUUUCCCAGUAAUUGUUAGCCUUUAGCGCAUUAGCUAACAUUAGCUUCAAUGGCAAAACAUAAUGGAUUUCCCAGUAAUUGUUAGCCUUUAGCGCAUUAGCUAACAUUAGCUUCAAUUGCAAAACAAAUAGUGGAUUUCCCAGUAAUGUUAACUUUUAGCGCAUUAGCUAACAUUAGCUUCAGUAGCAAAACAAAGGAGGAGACCAGCUUUUAUUUUGUCUUUUUCAAAUGGAACUUCCUAUCACUGCGCCCAGUGUUCUUUAUAUUCCUAUUUAUUUUAUAUAAAAAAGAAAAUACUUUAUUGAUUUCAUCGUGUGUGUUAAUUGUUUGUGUUUUCUUAUUUACUGAUGGAACAGUAGUGGAACAUCAAACUGAUGCACAAAUCUUCUCAGAGCCUUACGGCUGCCAGUUCCCACUGAGGAGGAGCGUUCAAUAAAACUCUGACAGCUGGUUUGUGUUUGUUGUCGUGUCCCUGCUACACUCGGCUGGUUGUGACUCGUUAGCAUGUCACUGUUGUGUGUGGAGAGAUCUGUGUGUGAGUAGAAUCUGAAAUAAAUUCCUUCUAGUAAAUAUAUUUAUUUUUAUAUGUUGUUAGGGAAUGUUCAUUAUCUUUUUUGGGGGGAGGGGUGCACCAUGCCUCACCUAUAUUUGCACCAAAUAUAGGUGAGGCAUGUCAAAUAAUAUUUUAAGCACCAGGGUGGACUUAUGGUUUUUAAUUCUGGCUCAGGGUCGGGGCAUACACAUUUAAAUACUUUUAAUUUCAAAGUUUUUCAUAGAAAACCUGUGGGGGUUUUUUCCCAACAAUUUUUGAUAAUUUUGUUUCUUUAAGUUUUCUUUUUCCUUAAAUUUUUGUGUUGUUUUGGGCAUUUUUAUUUUUAUUUUUUUGGGGGGGGGUUUCUUAUUUGUGGUGAUUUUUUCUGUAAAAACUAAAAUGUGUUCUUGUAAAAUUUUUGGUGCGUUCUUUUUUUUGUUUUUUAAUUUUGAUUCAUUUUCUCUUUCUGAUCAAUUUGUUUUGUAAGUUUUGGGGCUCUUGGGGGCUUUUUAUACAUUUUGUUAAAAUUUCCUUUAAAAAUGUAUGUCGAUGUUUUUGUGGUGAUCUUUUUUCCAUUGAACAUUUUUGCAUUUUUUGAGGGGGGGGGGGGGGGGGGGGGGUUAAUGUUUCCUUUAAACAAAUUUGGCAAUUUUUUUUAAAUGUAAAUGUGUGGGUUUGGAAGGCAGAUCUUCUUUUAAAAUGUAUUACAGCCAGAUACAGUAAAAACAGAAAUUAUUGGAUUUUCAAAUUGCCGACAGUCCUUCGACACAUUUUG